AUGGGAAGUUUUCAGAAAGGAGUGAUUGACACUGCCAAGGAGAUGGCAUCCGAAGCAGCAGAAGCUGUGAAGGAAAAAGCAUCCGAAGCAGCUGAAGCUGUGAAGGGAAAAGCAUCCGAAGCUUACAGCAAGGUUACUGUUUUUCGACUUGAGUUUAUGAGGCACAGUCGGGCUCAGACCCCCAAAACAACAGUCCGAGAGACGCUAAAGGAUUUACGGGAUUUGCGUGAAUUGUUGGGGAUGAGACCUCGGAAUAUAUCUGAAACGGAACGAUAG